AUGGGAUCAAACAGUUGGUUCGCCACCCGCCAAUACACGGAUCUUCCACGCUCGCAUGGAAAACCACCAUUGUCGCACGUGGGACCCCCAAAAAAGCUGACUUGUUCUAUGCCCCAUCCUAUGGUGGCCUCCAUGUUUCAUGGAAGUUCCUUGAGCCUAAUCAUGAGGUAUGCAACCUUAGCCCUCGAAUUGUCUGAAUAUAUUCGUAAACAACCAUGGUGGCAAAGAAGUAAUGGAAUCGACCAUUUCUUGGUUGUUGGAAGGACUGAUGGUGGAGUUGAAUUUGGCGCAACCAGGGCCACCAGUACAAAACAUGUCGGUGCUUAUUGUAGAAAGGAACCCUUGGCAAGGGCCAAACCACCAUG